GGACUUCAACUUCCAAGCCUCAUGCCGCUGAGUUCACCACUGUGACGCCAUGAAGACAUUCCUUUGGACGGCCAUAACUCUGACCGAGAUCCUCUCGAGAGCAGCUGCGCAGUGUCGUUGUUCGCGAUAUCUGUGCAGGAGCGGCGAGAAUGAGUACAGCUACACCAUUGAGGAGAUGCCAUCGCAAGAAAUCAUUCAGUGUAUUUUGAGCAACAAAGCCUACAAUCCUCGCGGUGAUUGCAGAUAUUGCUCUUCCUGCGAUGGCAGUCUUUGUACGUGCCAAACCAGCGGUACCUGCGAAUCGUUCUUACCCCGCGCGGCAGCCGUGGUAUGCUUUGCCCUGGGCUUGCUGUUGCUGGUGAUCACGGUACGCUCCACGUGGAAAUGGGCCCAGAGAACAGUUCUCGUCCGCGUGCGCCCAGAUGAGCUGCCUGAAAAUCAGGUGAGGCCUGAGGUUCCAAUGAAAGUCUGGGAGCGCAAUCCACGCGUGUCAGUCUUACUCCCUUGCGUUGGAGCGGUUUUGUUCCUCAUUGUGGGUGUGGUCGUUUGGGCCUCUCCAGAUUUGAUCAACCAAUCUCAGGGCUCGCCAUGAUGAUGGGUUGAGAUUUGCGGCCUUUUUGUUACGUGUGAAGUCCGGAACGUUUGUGUUGGAAAAUUGUGCAGCUUCAUUGAAAAUGGAUGAACA